AUGGGAAUGAAGAAGAAAAGAAAUAGCAUUUCAUGUCGUGAGUAUUAUUCUUAUAAGUUGCAAAUUAGAUCACUAAAUGAUUCGAUGAUUUUGCAUAUAGGACGUCUUUUGCGACAAUUUGUUGUAGAUAUGUAUGUAAAAUUAGAAACUUCUAGGCUUGAUUAUUUUAGAAAAAAUCAAACUGAAAUUCGUGCUGAAUUGUAUCAAGGAAUUAUGGAUAGUGUUGAUGUUGGAGAAACUAGGGGCAUAAAAGUUGGUCGAAGAAUUAUAUUGCCUUCUACUUUUAUCGGUGGUCCUAGAGAUAUGCGUAGAAGGUACAUGGAUGCAAUGACUUUAGUUCAAAUAUUUGGAAAGCCAGAUAUUUUCCUUACUAUGACAUGCAAUCCAAAUUGGAUAGAAAUUAAACAAGAAUUGAUAAAAAAUGAGGAAGCACAAAAUAGACCAGAUUUAGUUUCACGUGUGUUUAGAGCUAAAUUAGAAGAGUUGAAGAAAGAUCUUUUUAAAGAUGAAAUUUGUGGUCCAGUAGCUGCACAUGUACAUUCUGCUAGAUGGAUAUCACCGCCUGAAGCGAUGUGGAGAAUUUAUGGCUUUUCUUUAAAUGAAAUGCAUCCACAUGUAAUGACAUUACAAAUUCAUUUGGAAAAUAAGCAAAUGAUGAGUUUCAAGAAUUCUGUUAAUUUACAAUCUAUUGUGAAUAAUGAUUUCUUUGCAAAAACUAUGCUUACUGAAUAUUUUGUUAUGAAUCGUGUAAAUGUAAACAGUAGACAAUUAUUAUAUAGGGAGUUUCCUGCACAUUAUGUUUGGUCCUCCCAAUUUAAAACUUGGAAUAUACGCAAACGGUGUGAUGUUGUUGGUAGAAUUGUAAAUGUGAAUCCAUUUGAUCAUGAGAGGUAUUAUCUAAGAUUAUUAUUAAAUCAUGUUAGGGGAGCCACAUCUUUUGAUGAUCUUAAAUGUGUAAAUGGUGUUCAAUGCUUAUCAUAUCGUGAUGCAGCUUUGUUGCAUGGUCGAUUAGAAUCUGAUAAUAGUUUUGAGUUAUGCUUGGAAGAAGCAUUUUUGUACCAAAUGCCUUAUAGUUUACGAAGGUUGUUUGCUACUUUAUUAGUAUAUUGUAGUCCAAGUAAUCCGAGAGAUUUAUGGAUUAAAUAUGAGAAAGCAUUAUCUGAUGAUUUUAAAUAUUUAAAUUAUAGUGAUAGAGUUAAAAGAUCAAAAGUUUUAGGACAUAUUAACAUUAUCCUGGAAUCAAUGGGAAAAACUUUAGCUGAUUAUGAUCUUUUGGAAUUUGACAUUGAUGACAAUGAUAUUCAUGAUGAUAAUAGAGAAAUUAGUGAGGAAUUAUCGAUUGUUAUAAAUGAUGAUGAUAUUGCAUGUGCACAAUCUUUAAAUAUUGAACAAAAAUAUGCAUACGAUCAAAUAUUAGAUAAAGUGUUCUCUAAAGUACCUGGUUUGUUUUUCAUUGAUGGUCCUGGUGGAAGUGGAAAAACUUUCUUAUAUAAAACAAUUCUUGCUGCUGUUAGAUCAAAAGGUUUAAUUGCCCUUGCUACAGCAUCUUCAGGAGUUGCAGCUUCCAUUUUGCCUGGUGGAAGAACAGCUCAUUCCAGGUUUAAAAUACCUUUAGUGAUGGAAGAACAUAAUACAUGUCAUGUUAGUAAACAAUCAGGAUUAGUGAAACUUAUGAAAGAUGCAAGUUUAAUAGUAUGGGAUGAAGCUCCGAUGGUAGAAAAGGAAGCAAUUUAA